AGGCCCUGAGCUGUAGCAGAAAGCUGAUAGGCUGAUCCACUGGUGACGAUGACAUUUCUGAGCCAUCAGAAGUCCAGCUGUUGUGUUUUAAAAAAAGAAGAAGAAGCAAAAGGUCUCCAGAGGGACAGCGAAGGAUUUCAGGGUAGGAAAUGGCAGGAAGAGACAAAAGACCCUGAAGACCUUGAGUGAGAACCAGGAUGUCUGCUCUGAGCCCAUCAGGGAAGGGGUACCCUCCAGAAGCAAUGGUAUGGGCUUCAACCUGCGGACACAUCUGCGGGCCAACUAGGAAACAAGCAAGGACCCCCUGCCUUAGUGAUAUGGUAGGCUAAAUUCAAAGAUAGCCCCGGGAUUCAUGCCCCCUGUGUACAUGCCCUUGUACAAUCUCCUCCUCUUGAGUAGGGGGCAGAAUCUGUGAAUUUCUUUAGAUAUCAUUCCCAAGACUAGUCUACUAGUCAGUCUACUUUGAGUGAAUCAAAAAGCUACCGUGGUGGGCUUGACCUAAUCAGGUGAGGUACUUUUUUUUUUUUUUUCUCUGUUGACUGAGUCGUCUUCUGUCCCCCUGGCUGGAGUGCAAUGGUGAGAUCUUGGCCCACCGCUGAUCUGCCUCCCGGGUUCAAGCGAUUCUCCUGCCUCAGCCUCACAAGUAGCUGAGAUUACAGGUGCCCACCACCACGCCCUGCUAAUUUUUGUAUUUUUAGUAGAGACGGAGUUUCACCAUGUUGGCCAGGUUGGUCUCGAACUCCUGACCUCAAGUGAUCCGCCCGCCUCAAGGUGAGGUCUUUAAAAGCAGGUGAAGUGUCAGAGAGACACUUUACUGCUGCCUGGAAUAAAUAAGCUCCAGGAUUGUAAGAAGGGCCUAUGGAGGGAGCCAUGUGGAGAGGACAUGAAGGCACUCUCUAGGAGUUGAGAGUAUCCUUGGCUGACAGCUAUGGAGAAGAAAGGAGGACCUUGUCCCACCACUGCAAUGAAAUCAAUUCUGCCAACAACCUGAAUGACCAUGGAAGAGGCCUCUGAGCUCCAGAUGAGACUUCGAACCUGGCUGUGAUCUUGAUUUCAGUCUUGUGAUAACCAGUAGAGAAUCCAGUUAUGCUAUACCUGGACUUCUGACCUACAGAAACUGAGGGGUUCCUACCCACUGAAGCCACAUUGCUAGGGAGGAAAAAGAGAAGGGCAGAUGCUGAGGCCCUGGAGAGUCGGCCUGAACCUGCGCGCCGCCAUCGCCGUCAUGCUGGGCGCCGCUCUCCGCCGCUGCGCUGUGGCCGCAACCACCUGGGCCGGCCCUCGAGGCCACCUGCACUCCGCCCGGACCCCCGGCCCCGCCGCGGCUAUCCAGUCAGUUCGCUGCUAUUCCCAUGGGUCACAGGAGACAGAUGAGGAGUUUGAUGCUCGCUGGGUAACAUACUUCAACAAGCCAGAUAUAGAUGCCUGGGAAUUGCGUAAAGGGAUAAACACACUUGUUACCUAUGAUAUGGUUCCAGAGCCCAAAAUCAUUGAUGCUGCUUUGCGGGCAUGCAGACGGUUAAAUGAUUUUGCUAGUACAGUUCGUAUCCUAGAGGCUGUUAAGGACAAAGCAGGACCUCAUAAGGAAAUCUACCCCUAUGUCAUCCAGGAACUUAGACCAACUUUAAAUGAACUGGGAAUCUCCACUCCGGAGGAACUGGGCCUUGACAAAGUGUAAACCCCAUGGAUGGGCUUCCCCAAGGAUUUAUUGACAUUGCUACUUGAGUGUGAACAGUUACCUGGAAAUACUGAUGAUAACAUAUUACCUUAUUUGAACAAGUUUUCCUUUAUUGAGUACCAAGCCAUGUAAUGGUAACUUGGACUUUAAUAAAAGGGAAAUGAGUUUGAACUGAAA